GUCAUGCAACGCUCCCCAGGAACAACCACUUGGGCAGGUGAGAGGGGGGAUAUCAAAGCGUCUGCUUUCUCGUCUUAUUAAAUAUCACAGGAAUAAAAUAUUUCUAUUGAAGUACUGUAUGAAAGACGAACGUCAUGCAAUCUAGAACGCUCAACCUUUGUGGCUGAUGUAUUUGCCGCAGUGACUUCCAAGCGAGAGCGAUCUGACAGUGGAGUGUCGAGUCUGCUCUGAUGACAGGUUUAUUGUUGACAUGGCCACCGUACACAGAUGUGUCACGAGAUGAUAAACCAAGGACUAAAGGGCUAUCUUAAGCAAAUGAACCGCGCUGACACAUCACGAGUGUUGCUGGCCAGUUUUUCAAUCAUCAGGAUGGUGAACCUAGCCUUUCUUGCCCCCCAUUGAGAACAGUUCUAGAUCUGGAUCUACAAGUCAACACCUGAUACUGAUAGAGUUUUUGGAAGAUAGACAUCAUGAAUGAAGAGGACGUGAAGGCGGGGUAUGUGCACCAGUAUGCGAUUGAAGUGGUGGACUUUAGCUCCCAGUAUGGCUAUGAUGGCAGCAUGUCCUAUGUGGCCUCCAACCUGUCCGGGCCGCCGAACGUCUAUCCCGGGUACGGUGACUUCACCCAGGCUUGUGUAUUUCGAACCUAUGGACCUUGGUGGAAGUGUUGUCCAUCAGCACGAAAGCCCAUCAACCGCAGCCCUAUAACAUUCCGCAGCCAGGACUACAUCGAACUCUUGUUUGAGGAGAGGGUGUAUCCAAGUCGGAUUGACAUCUUUGAAACCUACAACCCUGGCUCCAUCGUGAAGAUCCUGGCAUGUAACACCUCUCCGAAGGACUUUGCAGAGCUGGAUCCUCCCGAGGAGGUGGAGUGGGUGACGCUGUGGUCUGGACAGCCCGAGGGUUUACCCGCCAGGCCCAGAGAGUUCUCACCGCCUCUCAAACCGUGUCCGUUCGCCACCAAUCUCAUCCGCCUGGAGGUCAACCAGAAGCUGCUGGAAUACUACACAGAACUGGACGCUGUGAAGCUGUACGGUGUCCUGGAGUGUAAGGAACUUCAGAACUCACCAGCACUUCCCAGCAGGCAUGUCUACCCUGACCCAGGGAUUUCCGCAACACAGAAGAUGCUCAGGGACUUGAUGCUCGUUGACAAAAAAAGUUCUCCCGGGAAUAAUGGUUACUUUGACAUGCUCCCUAGCGAGGUUAUCCAGUUGAUACUUAGUUAUCUGGAUAUGCCCAGCCUUUGUAAUGCAGCCCUGUCCUGUAGCUUCUUGAUGCACCACUGUUACGACCCGCUUCAGUACACAGGCUUAGACUUGCAGCCUUACUGGUCCCAGGUAGAUGACUAUGUACUAAAGUGCCUUCAGAUCCGUUGUUCACAUCUGCAGCAGUUAAGUCUGUCCUGGUGUGGUCGAUAUGACAUGAUAAAGGGUCCUACUUUUAUCAAGUUUCUUGAGCACUGUGGCAGUGAGUUGACAUGCCUUAGGCUCUCGUGUUCUCGAUUUCUCUAUGCAGAUUGUCUAAGGGCCAUAGGGUUAAACUGUCCACUGUUACAGGAGCUUGACCUGUCAUCCUGCACCUACCUGCAUGACACAGCCUUCCAACAGGUGGCAAACUUCACGUCCUUACGAAGGUUAAAUCUCUAUCGAACCAGCGUCACUGGUAGCACGGUCAGAUCUAUCAUCAGAAGCAACCCAGGCUUAGAGUAUUUAAACCUGGGAGGUUGUAAGAGUUGUGAUGGCAUGGACGAUGUUGCCAUUGACCUUGCUCAGCAUUGUCCCCAGUUGAAGGCUGUAGAUUUUUGGCGCUGCAGGUCUCUCACCAACAUUGGGCUGAGGGCGCUGGCCAGCGGUUGCAGCUUGCUGUUGGAACUCGACCUCGGCUGGUGUCCCGAGUUGCGUUCCAACACAGGCUGCUUCGUGUACCUAGCCCAGAGCUGCCACCUGUUGAGAAAGCUGUUUGUCACGGCCAAUCGCACUGUGAGUGACAACGACCUCUUUGCCCUUGCCAAGCACUGCAGGGACUUGGAACAGCUGGACAUCCUUGGGACACGUAUGGUGUCUCCGGACGGUGCCCUGGCUGUUCUGAAUUCAUGCAAGAAGCUGUCCUUCUUUGACGUGUCCUUCUGUCCUCUGCUAGACUUUGCUAUGAUUUAUAAAUGGAAGAUGGCAUUCCCUGACGUUGCUCUUAGAAAAAGCUUCCAAAACACAUAGACUUCUUUGAUUAGCAGUUCCAAGUUUGAAGGAAGCAUAUUCAAUGUACACUAGCCUCUACCAGGCCUUCCCAAAGGCAGGAGUAACCAUUGUGGAUAGUACAAUUGAGCAAAAAUUGGGUCCAUUGUUGGCUGAGUUGCAGUAAGGGUAACAUUUCAUUUUUGCACGGGAAAAUGAACUCUAUGGUGGCCAAACUACCCUCCUGGCAAAUAUUGCUCCUUAUUUUUCAGCUAGCAUUUUAAUUGUUAGUCUGGUGGAGACUAAUAUUCUGCAGGAAAAGACGGUUGUUCAAAUGUAGAUUUGGUUUAUUAAAUUUAAAAGAAGUCAGUAACCAGAUCUGUAUCGGUAUAGCCGGUAUAACCGCCCUUCGACGUAACACACCAGCUUCACAGGCACGCGGCGUGGCGGCAGCGAGCUAUAUC